GCUCGGCGUGGAGGCAGAAGACCAUGCUCAAAAGCGGCCGGGGAGCCGGCGGCGCCCUCAGAGCCAGCGCAGCCCCGACGCCGCCACGGCCAGCAUGGAGCUGCGCGCCACCGCCGCCCUGUGCCUCUGCUGCUGCCUCUGGAGCGCCGCCCCGGCCCCCUUCCCCUGCCCCGACGCCGCCCGCCCGGCCCGCCGCAACGCCACCGUGGUGCCCCACGGCUACAUGCUGGACCUCUACCGCAGCCGCGCCCGCCCGGCCCCCGCCGGCGGUGGCCCCGCAGAGACCGUCACCGGCUUCGCCGAGCAGCCGCCCCCGCCAGACGACACUCCCUCGGAAGCCGAGCAGCGCUACUUCUUCGACAUCUCCAGCCUGCCCGAGGGGGACGAGGUGGUGGGCGCCGAGCUGCGGAUCCUGCGCAAGCCCCUCGACGACCGGCCGCCUGCUGCUGUCCGCCUGUCCCGGCCCGAGGCCAGAGCCUGGGUGGCGCGCUCUUUCAGACUCCCAGCGCCAGCGGCCGGCGCUGGGCUUCGGACGAGCGCGCCCUUGAGCCAGUUGGGAGGUGCUCCGGCAGUGUGGGCCGCCUUGCGGGACCUCCUUGCGGUGCCGCCGAGGCUCUGCUUCCAGCUGCAGGUCGUGUCGGAGCGCUCAGGCCGCCCUCUGGCCCCGGGGCAGGUGGGCUUCCGACGGGAGCGGGACCCGCCGCAGCCCCCCGACGAGCGCGCCCUGCUGGUGGUUUUUACGCGCGCCAAGCGGAAGGAGACCCUCUUCCAGGAGAUCCGCCAGAAGGCGCUGAGCGGCGCCGUCGAGGCCGGCCCGCCAAGAAGGAGGCGCCGACGGCGGACCCCGCUCGCCGGCCGCGCCGGGGGUCGAGGGCCGGGCAAGAAGGCCAGGAGCCGGUGCAGCCGCAAGGCGCUGCACGUCGACUUCAAGGAGCUGGGCUGGGACGACUGGAUCAUCGCGCCGCUGGACUACGAGGCUUACCACUGCGACGGCGCCUGCGACUUCCCGCUGCGCUCCCACCUGGAGCCCACCAACCACGCCAUCAUCCAGACCCUCAUGAACUCCAUGGACCCCGAGGCCGCCCCGCCCAGCUGCUGCAUCCCGUCCAGGCUCAGCCCCAUCAGCAUCCUCUACAUCGACGCCGGCAACAACGUGGUUUACAAGCAGUACGAGGACAUGGUGGUGGAGGCCUGCGGCUGCAGGUAGCGACGACUCCCCCUGCUGGUCGCCGCCGAGUGGAAGCCCCCCCGCCCCACGGCUGGGCUGGGCUGGGCUGGACAGGGGAAGGGGGGUCGAAUGGGCAGCCUGCUUUCUCGGGG